ACUCGAGAUAAGACCUCGCCAAGACAGCGAGCUAACCCUGCGCGCCUGUCGCUAUCGGAUCCUUAUCGACGAUGAGGCUCCCUGACUCCUCCUCCUCCUCCUCCUCCUUCCCCAAAACGCUGCACUUAAAUGAAACUAAAAACAUUAUCGUACUGCAAAAAUAAAAAACUGAACCCACUUGCUGUGCUAAUCUCGUGGACUAUAUAAUCCUGCUUCUCUCCUGUCUUCUGUCUGUCUUCUGUCUCUGUCUUCGUCUCCAAUCUCAGUCCUCACCACCUCUGUCCCGGAUAAGCAUACGCCAUGUCCGCCAUGAAGGACUCCGAUGACUCCAACUACGGCUCCAAGGAGAAAUACCUCGCCGAGACCUCCUCGGUCGAGGACUACGACCGCGAGUUUGUCAUCAACCACCUCGCAAACUCAGAGUCUCUCAAGGACCUCAUCGAAGGCGACCUCGACUACAUGCUCGAAAAAGUCAAGGAGAUUGACGCCGCCGAGUCGAUGGAGUGGAUCCUCGAGGCCAUCGAGGAACACAACGGCGACGUCAACUUCCCCGACGUCACCAUGGACAGACUCAAGCUGCUCGCGCAGGGCCAGGAAGCCUCCGGUCUCGACCCGGCGACCUACGACAUCGACCUCCGCAUGCAGGCCGCCGUGUUCAAGUACCACUCGCCCUACCCCGAAGUGCGCGCUGUCGUGAGCCCGCACGACGACCCCGAGAUGGCGUGCGAGACGCUCCGCGCGUACAUCAUCGGCAUCAUCUGGGUCGGCGGCGGUUCGUUCAUCAACGAGAUGUACCACCAGCGCCAGCCCUCCAUCACCCUCACCGCGACCGUCUUCCAGAUUCUGAUCUACCCGUCCGGCAGACUGCUCUCGCGCAUCCUGCCCGACAAGAAAAUCGGCUUUGGAAAAUACAAAAUGUCAGUCAGCCCCGGCGAGUGGACGUACAAGGAGCAGAUGCUGGCCACGAUCAUGACCAACGUCGGCUCCGGCUCCACCAACUUCUUCCACUACGGUCUCACCAUGCGUCUUCCUAUCUUCUUCAACCAGACCUACGCCGGCUGGGGUUUCAUGUUCCUCAUGUCUCUUGUCACCAACUUCUUUGGUUUCGGACUCGCGGGCGUGCUCAGACGGUUCGCGGUCUACAACCCGCGCGCGCUCUGGCCGACCGUGCUCCCCAUCCUGCAGCUCAACAAGACCCUGCUUCUGCCGGAGCCCAAGCAGAGCAUCAACGGCUGGACGAUCUCAAAGUACAAGUUCUUCUGGAUCACCUUCAUCUGCGCGUUCAUCUACUUCUUCUUCCCCGACUACAUCUUCACCGCGCUCUCGACCUUCAACUGGAUGACCUGGAUCUCGCCGCAAAACAAGAAGCUCGCCUUCAUCACCGGCUCAAAGAUGGGUCUCGGCUUCAACCCGAUCACCACCUUCGACUGGUCGGUCAUCAACUACACGACCCCGCUCGUCAUCCCCUUCUUCUCCGUCGCAAACAAGUACUUUGGCGUCAUGCUCGCCGGUCUCGUCAUCACCGGCAUCUACUUCUCAAACUACAAGUACACCGGCUACUUCCCGCCCAACAACUCGGCCGUCUACGACCGCUACGGUUCAAAGUACAACCUCUCGCGCGUCAUCACCGACGACAACAUCUUCGACCCCGACCUCUACCGCAGCUACUCGCAGGUCUACAUCGGCGCCGGUAACCUCACCAUGCUCGGCGCAUUCUACUGCAUGUACACAAUCACCUUCACCUACAUCAUGAUGGGCGAGUGGCGCACCGCGCUCAGCGCCUUCAUGGGCGUCGCAAAGUCCUUCUUCGAAAAGCGAGGAGCGAGCGGCUACGCGGCCUUCAAGGACCCGCACUCCCGCAUGAUGAGCAAAUACCCCGAAGUCCCCGAGUGGUGGUUCAUCCUCGUGCUGGCUGCCGCCAUCGGCGUCGGCGCGGGCGCUAUCUGCGGCUACCCGACCGGCACGCCGUUCUGGGCCAUCAUCGUCGUCAUCCUUGUCUCGAUCGCGAUCCUGAUCCCGGUCAUCAUGGUCUUUGCGACAACCGGCUACCUCGUCCCCUGCGACACGCUCACCGUCAUCAUCGCCGCCUAUAUGGUUCCCGGCAACGCGACCGCGUCGCUGCUGUGCCGUGUGUUUGGCUACAACACCGACGAGCAGGCCGAGUCCUUCAUCUCCGACCAGAAGAUCGGCCACUACGCCAAGGUCCCUCCCCGCGCCGUCUUCCGCUCGCAGAUGAUUGCGGUCUUGCUGCAGUGCGCAAUCACCACCUCCGCCGUCAUCUGGCUGAUCGACAACACCCCCGACCUCUGCACGACCACGCAGUCCGCCCGCCUCGUGUGCUCGUUCCCCAACCAGCUCUACUCCAACACCCUUCUCCUCGGUGUCGUCGGCCCCCAUCGCACAUACGACAGGCUCUACCCGCUGCUCAAGUGGUCCUUCCUCCUCGGCGGCAUCGUCGGCGUCUCAUUCUACUACCUCCGCCGCAUCUUCUACCGCAAGCUCAAGUACUUCCACCCCGUCGUCUUCAUGUCCGGAGUCACCCGCUACGGAGCAACCUACAACUUGUCGUACUACACCCCGGGCUUCUACGCGGGACUGGCGUUCAUGUACUACAUCCGCUCGCGCUACCUCCUCUGGUGGACAAAGUACAACUACAUCCUCUCCUCGGGUCUUACCGCCGGUACCGCCUUCAGCGGCAUCCUCAUCUUCUUUGCGCUGCAGUACACAAGUACUACCCUCAAGUGGUGGGGAACUACCGUCUCGUCGGCUGGUGUUGACGGAAGCGGUAUCGCGACGCUGUAUCAGGCGCCGGUCGAUGGAUUCGGACCGCCUGUUGGGUCUUGGGAGUAGUUUUUUUUAUCGUAUCGUAAUCUCGUCUCUUCAAUUUAAU